GUUGCUGGAAUAACUUUUGCUAUGUCUCAUCGUCCUUGCUUCCGCUCCCCCAACAUCCUUGUGAUUGUCCGCCCGAGGGCGUUCACUAGCAAAGAUGAUUUCAAAUGGCCUGUUUAUUGUGUUCUCCGCGGUUCUGCUGUAUGGCUUGCAAAAGUACAUGGAGUUGAGGAGGGGAGUGAAGAGCAUCGGUGACCACCCAGGGUAUCGUACGUUCUUCAGCGGUUCAUCGACAGCGGGAAAUUUCCUUCCAUCCAUCUCUGGUAUCUCGCCUGGGCGGAACCAUCUUAUGAAGCGGAAAUACGAGGAUCAUAGGAGGUUCGGCUGGGAUGCGUAUUCAGCUGUUUCCGUAUGGCCGCGACUUCGCGUGGGCUACCGCCUCGCAGGCGCAGCCACUAUCAAAGAAGUCGUCUCCUCCCGCGCGCGUUUCCCAAAGCCCGUCAAACAGUACGGCGUGCUCACAUUCUUCGGCAAGAAUAUUGUCGCAUCCGAAGGCGACGAGUGGAAGCGCUACCGCAAGAUCACGGCGCCGUCCUUCUCCGAGAGAAACAACAAACUCGUGUGGGACGAAACAUGCCGCAUCAUGAUGGACAUGUUCGAGAAUGUCUGGCGGUGGAAGGACGAGAUCGCCGUCGACCACUGCGUCGACAUCACCCUGCCUAUCGCCCUAUUCGUCAUCGGUGUCGCGGGCUUUGGCCGGCGGAUCUCGUGGAACGACGACCUCAAGCUCCCGCCGGGGCAUCGCAUGACGUUCAAGGACGCGCUGCACAUCGUCUCGUCGGACGUAUUCAUCAAGCUCGUCGUGCCAAAGUGGGCAAUGGGCUGGACGCAGCGGUUCAGGAACGUGCAGAUCGCGUUUGAGGAGCUCCGCUUAUAUAUGCUCGAGAUGAUUCGCUCGCGGCGGAACAGCGAGAAGAAGGAGGAGCGGUAUGAUCUGUUCAGCAGCCUGCUGGACGCGAGCGAGGAUACCUCCGAUGGCGAGGCGAAGCUCGCAGACGAGGAGCUGCUCGGUAACAUAUUCAUCUUCCUGGUGGCAGGUCACGAGACUACGGCGCAUACGUUGUGCUACACGUUUGGUCUGCUCGCGCUGUACCAGGACCAGCAGGAGAUACUGUACCAGCACAUCAAGAGCAUCAUUCCCGAUGGUCGAAUGCCGACGUACGAGGAGAUGAACCUGUUCACCCACUCGAUGGCCGUAUUCUACGAGACCCUGCGCCUCUACCCGCCCGUGACCGGUAUCCCGAAACAGUGCGCGGAGGACACCACGCUGACGGUGUCCAACCUCGCCGGCGAGAAGAAGGUCAUCCCUGUCCCACAGGGCACGGACAUCGUCAUCGACACGCCCGCGCUCCACUAUAACCCGAGGUACUGGGACGAGCCGAACGAGUUCAAGCCCGCGCGGUUCCUCGACAAGGACUGGCCGCGCGACGCGUUCUUGCCUUUCAGCGCAGGCGCCCGCGCAUGCAUCGGCCGGCGCUUCUUCGAGACGGAGGGCAUCGCGAUCCUCACGAUGCUCAUCUCCAAGUACAAGAUCGAAGUUAAGGAGGAGCCGCAGUUCGCCGCCGAGUCGUUCGAGCAGCGCCGCGAGCGCUUGUUGGCGAAUAGGCCUGGGCUGACGUUGACGCCUAUUCGGGUUCCGUUGGUCUUCAAGAAGCGGGUGUGAAGACCAGAUAUGUAUGCGUAGUCCUAGUUUGUAUCAGUAGGGAGGUAUAUUGUUAUGACACAGCCUUAGCUCGAGGACAUUUUGCUUGUAUGGAUAUUGCAGGAC